AUGGAUUUACGUGUGAUUAUCCUACUUGUCUGUCUAAUUGCAGUAGUUUCCGCCAAAAUACACAGGUUUAGUUUGAAAAAGCGUAGUCGUAAAACCCAAAAGUUUCCACAUCUAAAACAACUCCGGAUCGAUCGCAAUGAGUUGAGGAGUAAGUUCGGGUUUACCCCACUUCGUACAGUUAAUGCUGUGGAGGAACCUAGUGACAAUAGUGGUGGUUCUGUGGUGGCGGAGGCCCUUGUAAACUCCUACGACACAAACAUCUACGGGGUUAUCAACAUCGAUGGCCAGGAGUUCACGGUGCAGUUUGACACGGGCUCCUCGGACUGCUGGGUGCCCAGCCGACAUUGUACAUUUUGCAAAAAGACCUGCGGCAGCACCGUGUUCCAGGAAUCAAAGUCCAAACAUUUCCGUCGGAUGAGCCGUCCAUUUAGCAUAACCUAUGGCAGUGGAUCGGUGGAGGGAAUGGUUCACUCGGAUGUGCUCACCAUAGGGGACCUGAAGAUCGAAAAUCAGGGAUUGGGAUUCGUCAAUAGCUCUACAACCUGCUCGGUUUUCGACGGGAUAUGUGGAAUGGCAUUUCCGGCACUGUCCCGCACCAAGUCGACGCCCAUUGUCCAGAACAUGAUUGCCCAAAAGUUGCUCAAGCAACCGAUAUUCUCGUUCUACAUGAAAAGUGGCUCCAGCGACGGUGGCUCACUGAUACUUGGUGGCACCAACUCAAGCCUCUACUACGGACCACUGACCUACACAAAUGUAACCGAGGCCAAGUACUGGACCUUCCACAUGGACUUUAUCGGAAUCCAUGACUCUGGCACGAAACGCUGCCCCUCAGGAUGCAAGGCCAUCCUGGACUCUGGCACUUCCCUGAUCGCGGGUCCUGCCGCAGACAUAGUCCAUCUCAACGAGGCCAUCGGGGCCCAAUACGAUUCGACCUACGACCUUUGGACGGUUAAUUGCUCAGAAAUUGGAAAUCUCCCCAAUGCUGAGAUAGGCAUCGAGGAUAAAGUGUUCUACAUAAAGCCCCAAACCUAUGUGAUUGUCUACGAGGACAUUUGCCUGUCGGGCUUCAUGGAUAUGCGGGGACUAACCUAUUGGAUUCUUGGCGAUGUUUUCAUGCGCGAUAAUUAUUCAGUGUUCGAUGUGGAAAAUAAAAGAAUUGGCAUAGCGCCGGCUAUUUAAAACAUACAUUUUAGUAUAAUAUUCGAUUUAA